UUCCAUGCUAGGUCACCCCUAAUGAGGAUCACCCUUCUGAUCUUGACACGUGUCCCUGAAUUCGAUGCUCAACCCAGCUCAUGGAGUCAGCGAAACCCGGUUCUGUUUCCCCCAAAACCCGGCUACAGGCGGGUUUUUAAUUGUAUAGGUUAGGACACGUGUUUUUGUGCCAUUUAUUAUUGAAAUGAAGCUUACUGAACAAUCUUGGUGAUCGGACAAAUCAGAAAUUCUCCUUUUCCGGCUUGCUUUGUAAGAUUUGUCGCAUCGACCCGAAGUUUCACGUUUCAUCUGGUGAAUUUUUACAAGAUCCGUCAUCGGUUUAUAUUGUUCCAACAUUUCAUUGUGUUGAAUGGUAAAAAUCUAGACUGAGUCAACAACUAUUAUAAAUUCUUCGAUUUUUUUUAUUUAUCAUUUACUCUGCAUCUGUGAAUGUUGAUGCUAGCGAAAGGGGAAAAAUCAAACUUUUCGAUCGUGGAGGCCCGGGAUCGAAGCAAAUUUGGGAGGUUAAGCAUGCAGCUGCAAAUUUCGUGAGGAAGGCAAUAGCAUUUCUUACUGUGGCAGAGAUUGGUUGUAUUGAGGUUCCAAUUAUUGUGUUACCCAAGGAAUAUUAGAUGAUGGAUCAUGUUGGUAUUCCUUCAACCUUGCAUCCCGCUUCACCUAUUCCUAUUCAUAAUUCAAAGAGUUUGCUGACAAAAAGACGUCUGACAUAUGAGGAAGUUGAUGCUGUUAAAAAAGGCAGUGAAAUACAGAAGACGCCAAAGAAUAAUUCAGAACUGCUUUUGGAAGAGAAACAAGUGUUACGUUUGGAUCCCCGCCGUUCCCCUCGUUUGGUUGAACAAGGCAAGAAAAUAGAAGAAAAGAAAGCGAAAGAUGAGGAUGAUUAUGCAGCAAAUGAAGCAUCUAGCACUGCCCUUUGUAAAAAUUGUUUAAAAAUUCUGAAUUACGCAACGGCAGAGGAAAAUGCAAAGAGUAAUACCAAUGCCAAACUGAUCUUCUUGAUCAGUUUGUUGAAGGAGAAAGUUGAGAAGUUAGAUAAGAAAAUAGAGAAGCUCUUUGUUAAAGUUGAGACUCGUAAUACGACUCUACAUGAGGAGGUGAUAGAGUGCCUUCGGUCUUACUUUCAGAAGAAGGCAAGCGCAGACCCCAUAAAAUCUGGUGCAGAGAGAGGCAGUAAAGUUGAUGAAGUUGUAGUUGGCAAAAAUAAUGGAGAGUUUGGUGAUGAUGGUGGUGAAUUUGCUCGAUUUGCGAAUAUAGAAGAACUUAUUAAUAUGUGUAGAAAAGUUGAGGCAUAGAAGGGUUUUAAUAAUGUCUUAUGUGGCAAGGAAUGGGUGUUUGAAAUCGAGUGGCUGUGAAGAACUCUAUUCAUCAUCACCCUAUGUAGCCGGAGAUGAGGGCGUGAGCUGGAAUCCCGUGCGAAACACCAUCACAAUUAGCUCCGUGAAGAUGGAGGCCUACGUUGAAGUAUGGUGAAACAAAUUCCCAGCAAUUUUUUGUCUUCUUUUGUUUAGCUUGAACAAGUUAAUAAAAAUCUUUCGUUGUAGGGAGAUCCGUGGGUGCUUACAGGAACCACGGUGACCCAAUGUUCUUCCUGAUGUGUGGAAUCUUUUAUGAAGAGGAUUGAGGAACCUUUUUUUAGUAACUAGAUUAUUUGAACCUCUAUGUUUAGGUUUGUUAUUAUCUGAUGUGUUAUCCACAUCAUGGCUA